AAGCAGGUGGGGGUGGGGUCUCAUGCCAUUGACUGUGUGGUUGCUAGGCAACUUGGUAAACUGAGGAGCAAACCUGUUUAAAAUCUCACUCCUGAGGUGGCUGCAUCAGGGGUCAGAGUGAGCUGGCCUGAGCAGGGGUGGCAGACGAUUGAGUGUGACUGUGAGACUAAGCAGACAGUGACAGACAGACAAGUCAGUGCUGAUGGCUGCACACCGCCCUGUUUACUAUCAUGCAGCUGCAGAAGAGAAGGGUGCAAGACACGGUGUCCCACUGCACCCCAGUAGGCAAAGGAAGGACACACAGGAAGGAGCAAACAGAAAAACAGCUGCUUCUUAUUGGACUCCCUCUAGACUGCGGCGCACGCUCGGGCAAGGGGCUUGCUCGGUAGUUCUUCGUGCUUCUCCAUCUGUCCACUCUCCCUCCUCCCCACACACCUUGUCAAAUACCCAGAAUGAGAGUCUUUGAAGAGAUGCUGUCAACGGGGCCAUGGUGGGGACCACAGUCAAAGGGAAAGGAGCAGCCUGUGGAGGAUUGGGCUGGAAGGAGAGGAAUGUCGCCCCUGCCGGGAGGUGCUGAAAGCCUUGCUUCUUACACCCAAGAAGGCAGCUCCUCCCUUCCCCCAGGAUAAUUGGAAACAGCCUUUCCUGUGGAUUGCUGCUUUGGGGUUAUAGGUACCCCCUUUCCUCUCCCAGUCAUACUUUUCUCCGUGAUCACCCAAGAAGGGCCAAAAUUUACUACUCCCUGGUCUCUUCGUCUAAUCCACAGAAAACAGUAAAGGGUCCAAGAAACCGUGACAAAAUGAACCCCAGGAAAGGGGGAGUUCAGCAGCCUAGAUUGUGUCUUCGGGGUUUUCCUAAACUCCCCGUGUGACCUUGGGCAAGUCACGGGGUCCCCUCUCAACCUGGAUAGCUCUACCCCCUCCCACUUCACACAGGUAGCCCAUCAACUUAGCGUUACUUUGUGAAGUGCCUAGCCUUCAAGGUUAUCAUUAUCCUCUCCAGACCGCCUGGAAAGCCGCGGUGUUGUUUUGGAAUGGGAGAGGAGUAGGCUGCGGGGAGCAAAGGGGGAAGGUUUUUUCGGGGUGGAGAGGGCAAGAGCCUUUCUGGAUGCUAGCGAGGAAGAUUCCAAACGCUCGGGCAAUCGGAGGGCAGGAAGGAAAGCAAGUAGAAACUCAGCCAGAGACGGACACUGCCAGAGACAAAGGGGGCGUGAGAGACCGCGCCGGGCAGCGAGGCGGGGUGGCGGACGGGAGGUGUGCGAGGUUCCAGGCAGAGGGCGGUUACGUGCUUUAUCCUCAGAUCGGGGACCGGCUAGAUCUACUUUGUCCCCGGGCUCGGCCUCCUGGCCCCCACUCCUCUCCUAGUUAUGAGUUCUACAAACUGUACCUGGUAGAGGGUGCCCAGGGUCGGCGUUGUGAGGCACCCCCUGCCCCAAACCUUCUUCUCACAUGUGACCGGCCAGACCUGGACCUCCGCUUCACCAUCAAGUUCCAGGAAUACAGCCCUAACCUCUGGGGCCACGAGUUCCGAUCCCACCACGAUUACUACAUAAUUGCCACAUCAGACGGGACCCGGGAAGGCCUUGAGAGCUUGCAAGGAGGCGUGUGCCUAACCAGAGGCAUGAAGGUGCUUCUGCGAGUGGGACAAAGUCCCCGAGGAGGAGCUGUACCCCGAAAACCUGUGUCUGAAAUGCCCAUGGAGAGAGACAGAGGGGCAGCUCACAGCGCGGAACCUGGGAGGGACACCAUACCAGGUGACCCCAGCAGCAAUGCAACCUCCCGGGGUGCUGAAGGCCCCCUGCCCCCUCCCAGCAUGCCCGCAGUGGCUGGGGCAGCAGGGGGGAUGGCGCUGCUCUUGCUGGGCGUGGCAGGGGCUGGGGGUGCCAUGUGUUGGCGGAGACGGCGGGCCAAGCCUUCGGAGAGUCGCCACCCUGGUCCUGGCUCCUUUGGGAGGGGAGGGUCUCUGGGCCUGGGUGGUGGAGGAGGGAUGGGGCCUCGGGAAGCUGAGCCUGGGGAGCUAGGAAUAGCCCUGCGGGGUGGUGGGACUGCAGACCCCCCCUUCUGCCCUCACUACGAGAAGGUGAGCGGUGACUAUGGGCACCCUGUGUACAUUGUGCAGGAUGGGCCCCCCCAGAGCCCUCCGAACAUCUAUUACAAGGUAUGAGGGCUCCUCCCACCUGGCUCUCCUCAAUCUAGCCGUCCAUGGGGUGCUCCUCCAGUGUAAUUCAUGGUAUGAGGGACACCUGCGCCAUGACUUUGGCCCCCUUUGCCCUACCAGCUCUUUGGCUCCUCCUGGCUAUAGCCCUCAUCUCCAAUUUUAGGAUCCCUUAAGACUUGACUACACCUUUUCCUGACCUCCCCGACUGACCCUCAUUUGACUGUGGGCACUCCUCUGUUUCUGCCUCUUAGGGGAGGGGGGUCACAGGCUCAGCCUCCCUUAAUCACUACCCAGGUGUCCUUUCUCCCUCACCCACCCAGAGUGGGGGUGGGGACAGUCUGUCUUUUGGUUGGCACCUCUUUCUGCCUCUCACCAUUUUUCUCUUCUCUCUAUUUCUUAUUCUCUCUCUCUCCUGUGUCUAGGUCUGUUCUCUUCCUCCUCCCUAGCCUCCUCCUUACAUCUCCUUUUACCCUCUCGGCUUCUUGUCCUUCCUGUGCCUCUCACGUGUCUCCUGGGUUGGGGCAUCAAAGCAUCUCUCCUCUUUGCUCUUGGCCCUUUCCAACCUUUCAUACCAACUGCUCCCCUCUGUCCGCCAAAAACGGGGGCUUGCGGGGGGUGGGGGGGAGAUUCUGGAACUCUACCCCCCCAGCUCCAGGCAUGGGCACAGGGCCUCUUUCCCUGCCUUUCUGUGUACUUACUCCAGCCAUUUGGGGUGGUUAUUGGGCCACAACUACUACCAUGAGAAGAAGUGUCCUGUUGUGGCCAGUGGCUGAUAGGAAGACAUGAAGCAGUGUGGACAUGAUGGACUGUGUCUGAUGCCGAAUGGGCAUCAGAUAGGAAGUGACUCGUUCCAGACAAGAAGUGACCAGGCCUGGACAGAAAUGGCCUGGGAAGUGUCCGCAGCAGGAACUGGAAGUGCCUUCAUCCAGAACAGGAAGUCGCACUUCUGAAAUAGGAAGUGGUCUGGCUGGAAUUCCAAGUGGCUUAGUCUGGGGAGGUGGCCUGGGUGGGGGUGGGGGCAUGGGAAGUGGAUGGUUCUUACCCUGUGGAGAAAGGGGCAGGAGGAACUCCCUGCUUUAGGAGGAAGCUGGAACUUACCACUGUGAGAGGACAGAUGUGGACUGAGAGUUUUCUUAGUGUUCAGUGGCACUUCCCAAGGACCCCUUCCCUUGUGCUCUGUGCAGUUUUUAGGACAGCUAAGAUGACUGCCACUUGCUGUGGCAGGCCCAAUUUGUCUUGUUCUCCCCUUACUGUACCCCAGUAUAAUCUCUGUUGAUCAACAGAACUACCCCAAGAACCCACAUGUUCUCCCCACCUAACCAGACGGCUGUCUGGCUGAUGCCUUCCUCCCUUCAAGCCCAACACAGCGCCCUUGUCAGUGAAGAGGUGGUCCAUGGACUGGUCUAGCUGAUGGCAGUUAUUAGCACUGGUUGCUGUUUCCAUAGUGACAAGCCUAUACCUCUUCCCGCUCUUUAGUGUGCAGUGGGCUGCUGCCUCGGUGUUCUCCCGCCUCAGUUUUAUUAGAUCAAAGCUGCCCUUGGCCAUCAUGUUGGCCACCUCAAUCACCAGCCAAAAUGGUUGCUUUGUCCACCAGAGGUCAAGCCAUCUCUCUGGCGCUGUAGUUCCCAGCUCCUUCUAGGGAACAGGAAGUUGAUAUUGCCAUUGGGGAGGUGGCGGGGUAUGGCCGUCACCUCGAUAGUUUUAUUGUAAAAGGGAAAUUUGAACAACAACAAAAAAACUGGAAAAAAAUAAAAAAAAAAACUUUAAAAGUUGA